GACAGGAAUUACUAUUCAUCUUAGUUGAAAGUGCUCUUGGUGCUUUGAAAAGCCUUUAAUCUGACAUAAUUGAGGGCUGAAAUCUUGCAUGAAUCUAGUCAAAAGUCAGAGACUUCAUGAAAGCGGAGGAGGAUUGUUUUCCUUUCAUUUUUUCGUUGUUAAAGAAGACGUGUGACAUGAGUUCAACUACUUGCUGCAUUUCUAAUGUUUGCAAUCCACAAAGGUCUAGAUUCUCAAAAGGAUAUCAAAGCAUCCUGUUAUAUCAUUACAAACCUUUGGGAUUUGUUGAUCAUUAUUGUCAGUGCUGCUGCAUAUUUUGGUACUGGAUGAACUGCUAUGGCAGGAGGUUAAGGCGGACAGGACCUGAACAGCUGAACAGUAGAAAUGACUUGGUUUCUCCACCCCAGCAUUCCAGGGUGAACGGCUGGUCUUUACCACUCCAUACCUUUCAGAUUGUUGCUCUGCUGUUUUACACGUACCUGGCCAUUGUAGGGUUUGGGAUCUACAUACCUUUGCUUCCACAUGGAUGGAAGUAUGCUGCCUAUGCUGUGAUCGGCAUCCUUUUUGCGCAUCACUUAGUUGCUCACCUUGUUGCCAUCACCAUUGACCCAGCAGAUCAAAAUGUGCUGGCCAAGAAAAACUACAGCAGCCCCAUGCCAGUCUUUGACAGAGGCAAGCACAAGCACGUCAUUCAGAACCAGCACUGUUAUCUCUGUGAAGUUGAUGUAGGGCCAAAAGCCAAACACUGUAGUGCCUGUAAUAAGUGCAUUGCGGACUUCGAUCACCACUGUAAGUGGCUCAAUAACUGUGUGGGAGGCAGAAAUUACUGGUUUUUCUUCAAUGCUGUUGCCUCUGCUGUUCUUGGUGUCUUCCUCCUGAUACUGGUGAUCCUUUAUGUCUUCAUCCAGUACUUUGUGAAUCCAGCAGAACUACGCACAGCACCUCAGUUUGAAAGAGUCAUUGGAAACAACACGUGGUUGGCCUUUCUCCCAGUUGCUCCUGCGGAGACUACAGCAGCUGGAAUCCUGGCUAUAGCGGUGAUCACUGUGCUCCUGGGAAUGGCAUCGCUCCUGCUGCUGGGACACUUGUUGAUAUUUCAUCUUUACCUCUUGGGCAAGAAGCUGAGUACUUUUGAGUAUAUGACAGAGCAGCGACACACGCAGAAUACCAGGGACCCAGAAAGUGAUGUGGAAAUCACAGAAAAUACAUCUGUCAGAAUGGAUCCCCUACAGGAUUUGUCUUUAGCAAGUCAACAAAAGGAGUGUGAGGUUUCAGUUUCAUCUCGAUCUGGUGCUCUACAGUAUCAGGAAACUGGACAGCUCUCCAUUAAACCCCCAAGCAUCAUCUGUACUGAACCAUCUGAUAUUGCUUCCUUUACCAAUUUGUCUCCUGGUCCAGAGACUGUGCCAAAAAGUACAAAAGAAACUCUGUGUGAGAAUAUUCAUCAGAACAAGGAGAUAAGUGAUACUGAAAUGGCAGACUUUGGAGACUUACAGUCUAACUGCAACCAGUCGUUAGAGGAAUCUCACUGGGGAGGUCUUGGCUCCAUGAAGCAGAUCCCAUCUCUGCAAAAUCUCCAUGAGGGAUCCACAAGAAACAGCACUCUUCUGGUGUGUUCUAUGAAUGCAAACAGUUUGGCCAUCUCUGAUCAGGUACUGAGUCCCCCUGAAAGUGGAAGACCAGAUGCUUCUAUAGCGGAAUCUACCAAUCAUUUCAAAAGGACAGCACUGGCAAAAGAAGGCAUUGAAAUGGCACAAAGUGGAACUGCCACUUUUUCUUCACCAAAACAAAAUGACUCCUCAGAGCCAAUUUCAACACAAAGUUCCCUUGCAGUCUGAUGCAUCACAUCUUCCGUUCUGAGAAACAGCAGUGCUAUGAUAUACUGAAGGCAGACUGCUCAAAGAACAAUUCAAGAUAGUAAUAUAAAGACUUGAGCAACUGGAACCUUUUUCAUACUGGGAAGUAGCCAGAAGUACAGAUCUAAAAAGGCAGAUGAGAUGCUUUAGGAAAGCAGAUAUCCUAGUUACAAUUGGCUUGUGAGGGAUGAACAAUUUUGAUACACAAUAUCUUCUGGGGAAUGGCUGAAUUCCUGAUUUUAUGCAAGCCGUUUACGGGGUAUUAUAAGAGGCAGAAAAGGGUGUAGCCACUUUGAGGGCCAAGGUGGAAUAACUAUGAUAACUUUUAUCCAGACCUGCCUCCCCCUGUUCAGAGUCACCCUGUCUUCCUGCCUGCACUCUUCACAUGAGUAAUCAUUUCCUACUGCCUGGCCCUACCCCGUCGUCCACCCUGUCAUGACAGCAGAUGGGUGGCCGUAGAGACUUAGGGAGGACUUUUGGCAUGGAGAUCAUAGCAGCUCUUGCUGAAGAAGUAGCCAAUGGGCAGUAGCAGCUGGGCAGUGAGAAUGAGGCCAUUCAGCUGCUGAGGAGAGGCUAGUUGAAGGGGCAAGGACCAUUUUGAAGAGGAUGUGAGAGAGGGCACUAGACCAAAGAGGGGGAUGGGUUUGGGGGGGAUCAGAUGGUCAAGGCAGCCAGGAUGAAUAAUCAUCCUUUGGGUAACAUGACAGGUCUCCGAGAUAUCACAAGUCUGUUUUCUAUAUGCACAUUUCAAACAGCUUUAAAGAAAGUAACUUGUUUCUCAAAAUUACUGCUACAAAUUGCCAAAAUUCCAGUUAGAGACGUUUGCCUUAGAGUAGCCUCUUUUCCCAAAUCCACUUUUUGGAAGAAAAUGGGUGAAGUUCUCUGUACUUGUAUUUUGAACUAUUUCUCAUUUUCUCAAAUGGCUUGUUUUAUUUAUACAAAAAGUGAUUUUUCCUAAUUUUGUUUUUGAUAUUGAAACAUUUUAAUGAACUCUCAAUUAGUGUGGUGGUCUCUAAAUUACAGUUUUCCUUUUUAAGAUCAAUCUUCAUUUUGAAAAUGUACAUCUACCUAUAGUUUUCACAGGGAAAGGGGCCUAUUUGAAAUUCACUAUAUAUGGACAAAAUAUAUUUUAUUUAUAUAGAGGAGUUUUGCUGAUUUAUUUAAUUUUUAUUAUUUGUAUGAGUUGAAGUGAAUUGUUCUAAAGGAAUAUGGUCAUCUAAUAAAUUCAGGUUUUUUGAUAUGAAUUGUAAAAAUGUUCUAAAAGUUCAAACUUUAUUUUAUU